GUAUACUUUGUAUUUUUUACUUUUAAUCAUAUAACGAACAAUGUAGAAAAAUGAUGCGCAAAUUGCGAUAAAACUAUUUCUCUAAUUAUGUCUGAUUAUUUGUUGAAUUACCUUAAUGGAUGCGAUGCCUUAGCAAUUUGUGGUCUUCAUAAUUACUAGACUGCGGAUUUUAUGCAUUUAUGAUAAAAUUGGGUAGUAGCAAUCUAAAAUAGUAAAAAGAUUCAAAAAAUUAAGAAAAUCGACUUCGAUGCGUAAACAAGUUUCAAAUUUACGAUUUUUCCAAUAAAUCGAAUCAAAUGGGGAGAAAGUUUUGGAUAUGGAGCCAUCACAAAAUUUCGAAAUUUCAACCGAUCCGGAAACAAAAGGAUUCGACUUGUCGGCUGGAAAAACAUGGAUAUACCCGGAGAAUUAUCCUGUCAGAGAUUAUCAAUUAAAUAUAGUAAAAGCUUCAUUGUACUGCAAUACCUUAGUUUGUUUACCAACUGGAUUGGGAAAAACAUUUAUUGGUGCUGUUAUUAUGUAUAAUUUUUGGAGAUGGUAUCCUUGUGGGAAAGUCGUAUUUUUAGCACCUACUAAACCUUUGGUUGCCCAACAAAUUUUUGCUUGCUAUAAUGUAAUGGGCAUACCUAAAACAGAGACUGUUGAACUUACGGGAGCGACCCAACCAACGCAACGUAAAUUGGCUUGGUCUAAACAUAGGGUGAUAUUUGCUACCCCACAAGUUUUUCAGAACGAUCUCGAAAAGAAUAUUGCACCUGCUGACUUAAUAAAAUGUGUAGUUAUUGACGAAGCUCAUAGAGCUUUGCGGAAACAUUCUUAUUGUGAGUGCAUUAAAAUAUUAAAUGAGAAACAUAAAAACUAUAGGAUAUUAGCCCUUUCAGCUACACCAGGAAAUAAACUAGAUAAUGUCCAUGAGGUAAUACAAAACUUGUGUAUAGCUCAUAUAGAAUUAAGAGACGAAACUUCUUCUGAUAUUAUUCCAUACAUCAAUGAAAGGAAAGUUGAAAUAAUUUUGGUGCCCCUUAAUAAUGAAUUAACUGAAUUCAAAGAAAAAUAUAUUUUCAUUAUGGACCGUCACGUUAAAUAUCUAAUUCAGAAUAAUAUGCUUCGUGGGCAGACAGCCAAUAUCUCUAAAGGAAGGAUAUUUUACUUGAUGAAAGAAUUUCAGAAAAUGAGUAAAAAGCCUACGAAUCAUGGACAAAUUCAAAAGACAAUAAAUAUAUUAAUGACCAUGUAUCACGCAUACGAAGUGAUGGUCAGGGACGGUCUUCGGGCGUUUAUAAAAUUUUAUCAAAGUCAUUCUGAUAAAUUUUGGAUGAACCAAGAAGUACAACUUCUGGACUUACUCGAAAAUAUCGAAACAUACCUAGGUGAAUUUCCGGAUGCAAAAUCUUUAUGCCCAGAAUCAGAAAUUCCUCAAAAUCUUAUAUUCGGUCAUACAAAGUUUGAAAAAUUGAAAGAAUUACUCGUACGCCAUUUCAAAAAAUAUCAAAGCGAAGAAGAUAAUACAAGAGCAAUUGUUUUCGUCGAGUAUAGAGAUAUCGUCAGCGAGGUUUAUGUCUUACUGUUGCAAUGCCGACCAUUGAUAAGACCUCAAAUGUUCGUCGGUCAAGCAGGACUAAAACAAAAGGAACAAAUAAAAGCUUUAGAGGAUUUUCGAGAUAAUCGCGUGAAUGUUCUUAUAUCUACAUGUAUAGGUGAAGAAGGAUUAGAUGUUGGAGAAGUCGAUUUAAUAAUAUGUUUUGACAUAUCUCAACAUUCUCCUAUUCGGCUUGUGCAAAGAAUGGGAAGAACCGGCCGAAAACGCGACGGCCACAUCGUUAUUCUCGUAACGGACGGAAAAGAACACGAGACAUUAAAGACCACAAUCGCUAGAAGAGAUUCCUUAAAUAAUAAGAUAUUGCACAAGAGUAACAUUUCCUCGUAUCUUUAUCAAGAUAAUCCGCGUAUGAUCCCUGACUCCUUAAGUCCGGAAUGUUUGAUGAUGCAUAUCACAGUGCAACCAAGUAGCCCGACCGUAAGAGGAAAAAGACAAAAGAAAAUAGUAGAGAAAAAACCGGCCAAACGUAAAAAUGCUCUUAAAAAGAUACCAGCAAUAGGUGAGCCAAAUACAGAGCCGCAAUGCAGUGGAACGAAAUCUUUGAUGGAUUUUUUUCAAAGCAGAAAACACGUGGAUGUUGUGGACGACGAUUUUGAAGUACCAACUAGGAAAUAUAUUCCAAAUGUCAAAUAUUCCAAGACCAUAAAAUCGAACGAUGUCAAGAUUUUAUCUUGUGACACUGCUGCGGUUGAUUUCCUUACAUUGUGUGCUGUGAUAAAUUCGCAGAAGGAUAUAAGCAUGAAGAAAAUUGAUGAUAUAAGCAAUUUGUACCUACCAAAAUUUGCUCCUAUCGAAAACUUUUUCGAAUUUUCAGUACCUGAUAAAAGUAUACUCAGUUGUCUAGCCACUCUGGAAGAAGUCCCUCGUCAAACAACAGACAAUAAUGUUGACUUCAACGAGUACGACUUCGACUAUAGAAAUGAUCCUUGUAGUUACGAUAAUAUGAACAACGAUUUCGACGAACCGUUGGUUGUCCAUAUGAUACACGAUAUCGAUGACAAUGAUUUCGUCGAUAACAGCGUCGGCGAAUCAAAAUUCGAGGAUUUGCUCGACGACAGUAGCAAAUCGAACGAAAGUGAUGGAUUCAGUGUUGUGGAGGAAGAUAAAGAGAAUCAAAAUAACGUAGGUCUCAUUAAGGAGUUCGCAGAUCUUCCUCAACAAAUAGAUAACGAUGUAAAGACAGCAGUGGAUAAUACAUCCGUCUCGUGUAACUUGGAACCAGGUUCAUUCGAGGACAUAUUAAACGAGACUUCCGAUGAGUCAGAAUGCGCUUCUGUGAACGCUCAGAUCGUAGAAGCUGUUGCAGAGACGUCCUCUAAAUACUAUGACACCUGCAACGAUGCAACUAAAGACGUUAAAACGUCCAUUAAGAUGAAACGAACAUUAAAAUUAGAAAACUUCGAAUUCGAUCGUUUCACGGCAUCCUACCGAAGUCAGUGUACAACUAAAAACAGUGUCACUUCGGACGCAUGUCUAGAUACGAAGCCUAAGAGUCUGCUCAGCGUAUCUCAAGCGGUUAGCGAGAUAGAUCGGAAUGCUGCCAACUCAGACACCCGAGUAACAUUCAUGGAGUCUGAGGAAGAUAUGUUUGACGACGAUUUCGGUGCGGAUCUAAUUAAUAUGGGUGAAGAUUUUCAUGAGCCAGAAAUGAAAUGUUCCAUUGUACAAAGUGAACCGGAAAUGAAAUGUUCCAUUGUACAAAAUGAACCGGAAAUGAAAUGUUCCAUUGUACAAAGUGAAUCGGAAAUGAAAUGUUCCAUUGUACAAAAUGAACCGGAAAUGAAAUGUUCCAUUGUACAAAGUGAACCGGAAAUGAAAUGUUCCAUUAAAUGUUCCAUUGUACAAAGUGAAUCGGAAAUGAAAUGUUCCAUUGUACAAAAUGAACCGGAAAUGAAAUGUUCCAUUGUACAAAGUGAACCGGAAAUGAAAUGUUCCAUUGCACGAAAUGAACCGGAAAUUAAGUGUUCCAUUGAACAAGUUAUACCGACUGGUCUAAAAAAAUUGAACAUUAGAAAUGAUAGGGAGAAGAAAUCGAUCGACUCAAGAUUUGAAUUAGAGGAGUUCGAAUGGGACGAUGAUUUUGAAGUUUGUGACUCAAAGCAAAAUGAUGCUUCGUUUAAUUCGGUCAAAGAAGAGAAAAACGAAUCCAAAGGAGGCACAAGUAGUUUCACGGCUUGGGAUUCAGAUGACGAAUGGUUCACGGUUGACAAGUCGGUCAAAAAAUCAACUCCCGUAACUAGUAUCGCGAAAAAGUUAUCAAGCGUUAGAAAGAACUUGAAGCGCGAUACCUCUCUAAAUUUCAACAGUCUAGCUAAGAACAGAAUUAACGUUCAGAGUAGCUCCUUCCUCGAGGAAAAGGACAAAAGCUCAAAUCGCAAUUGCACUCGGAAUUUCGACAAUGUAGCUGAGAACAGAGUUGACAUUCGGAGUAGCUCCUUCUUCGAGGAAAAGGACAAAAGCUCAAAUCGCAGUUGCUCUCGGAAUUUCGACAAUGUAGCUGAGAACAGAGUUGACAUUAGUAGCUCCUUCGAGGAAGAGAACGAUAUCUCAAAUCGCAAUUGCUCUCGGAAUUCCAACAGUAUAACUAAGAAUAGAGUUGAUGUACAGAGUAGCUCCUUCUUCGAGGAAAAGGACAAAAGCGACCAGUUCGAUGUCAGUUACUUCUUUGAGGAUUUACGAGAAAAUGUGAAGAGCAAGAGAGUCAACAAUGCUAAGUCGAAACGUUUGGAAGCGUUUUCCACUUUAAGGAACAAACGGAGAAACAAGCAGAAGAAAGUAAGGAAUCAAUUCAUCGAUGACGAGGCACAGGUUUCCCCGAACGACGACGAUAACACUACCGAAGAAAGUUCCGGAACUGAUCAAGAGCUCGAGGAUUUUGUCAGUUACACGCAGAAUGUCCACGACACUUCUGACAUGAAAGCGCACUACUUGCAGACAAUUAGAAGUCCUGUGAAGAGACGCGACGGGUUCAUUUUCAAGGAACCGCAAGCCGUCGACCCUGACAUUGAAAUCUAUUCGCAGCCUGUGUCGCAGGCUUAUGAUACCUACAUGAAUGAUUCCUUCUGCGUAGGAGAUGAUGAAGAGCCAUCGACCAAAGUCGAGGAACUGUGCGAACUAGAAAAAGCAGAGCAAGAGUUGGAAAGGAGAAAAAGGAAACGUGCAGGACGCAUAGAUAACGCGAAGAAAAGAAGGAAAACGAAUAGAAGGAAAAAUAUAAUAGAGCACUCUAGCAGUAGCGAAGACGAGACUGCUCGAUUGCGCGAACAGAUCCAAGAAGAAUCAUUUUUGUUGGCGCAAAAAAAUAGGUUUUAAUUGUCUUCUAAGAUCGUUGUUUAAUACAUAGCGUGUAUCAAUAGUUUUGUACUACGAAUUUAUGAUAAAUACCUGUGACAAAUAUGUAAAUUUGAGUAAAUUAUGAGAUGUUUUAUUACAA